AUGACAAUGAUAUUUUUGACGUCACAGUUGGAGAUAACUGAAUACGAUUCUAGCCUUCAACAUUCAUGUACUGACCAGGUCUGUCAUAAUGAUAUCGUAGUCGAUAAAGCUCCCGAUUUACACAAGGCGCUCCAAAGCAUUGAGUAUCCACAUCUACUUAGAUUGCGAAUGGAUGAAUUGAUCAAUAAAGUUCGAGCAAUGAAAACAAGAAGCUGCGGAAGUCGCGAAAUCCUGCUAUGUACAGAAGCAACAGAAGGAACGCUUCUGCAUCGGACUUCAAGCGUCCCCACCCCAAGCACUGUUGUGGGAUAUUACAUCAAAAAACUUAUGACUGGUUUCAAGGGUCAAGGUCGAAGCCCAAAGUGGACUCCCGUCUAUGACACGCUGUUUUGA